AUGUCUAUUGUUUUCCAUACUGCAGCGUGUCGUGUCUCUUACAAUAUUGUCGAUCUCUCUUUGAAUGUAUUCUGCGUCUAUAUUGGCAUCAGACUCAUCAAAUCUUUUCUUGCCUUCCUCACACGGGCAUCUGAACUGAUAUUUUUUACGAUCUAUCUAUCUAUCUAUCUAUCUAUCUAUCUAUCUAUCUAUGCUUAUAAAUAUGCAACACCUACAUUCGUCUCAUAUCUAUCUAUUUAUCCCUCGGAAUCUGUUAUCUAUCUAUCUAUCUUUCUAUCUAUCUAUCCCUCGAAAUCAGUAAUAUCUCUUUAUGUUUAUAUAUAUUUGCAUCACCUGCAUUUUACCCAUAUCUAUCUAUCUAUCUAUCUAUCUAUCUAUACUUUAUCUUAUUAUAAUUGCAUUUUUCUUCAAUUCAUCAAUCUGUUUCUCUUUUUCUCCUCAUCUUUCCCUAAAUGUUCAUAUCUAACUGUAGUUGAUCUAUCGAUUUUAUUAUUGCCCUUUCAUGCCUUUCCACAUAGAUCUAUCUAUCUAUCUAUCUAUCUAUCUAUCUAUCUAUCUAUCUAUCUCUGUUCCUUAUCUAUUUAA